AUGAGUAUAUAUCAACGGUAUGCUUCAGGUGAAGCAGAGGCAGGUGUGAAAACUCCAGGAAAUGACGAUGCCAUCACCAUCUUCCCACUUUCAGGACGUUUAGAACUUACAAAAGCUAGUGAUUUUGCUUCCAAAACAACAGAAGAAUGGAUCAAUAUCUUCCCCAACGCUGCAUACUUCUGUGGGUAUGAUGAAAGUCUUUUCGGCCAUCUUAUAAUCAUGGUAUAUGAAAACCCACUCACUGAAAGAAUAUGUACAGUUUCUAUUACCAAGUUUGGGGUGACUUUAUACAAUGAUCUUAUUUUAAAUGAAAACUCCAGAUUCUUCCCAGCUUGUGAGAACUUACUUCCAAUACAUAAAAGUUCUAAGGUCAGGAAGGCCUUGGCCAUCACCAACUUGAAAAAUUACAAUAAGCUCGUCAAUCACCCAGGAAAUUUCGACAUUACCAGAAGAUGGGAUGAGACCACAGCAGGAAUUUUGGCUUCCAAAAUGAAUCUUUUGGUGGAUAAAAAACCUAAUGAAUUCGGUAACAAACUUCUCCAAAUGGGUUUGAUUACCACCCAUUCUAUGAAUUCCUACUUAUUUGAUGUAGUUUAUGAUAAUGAUGACCCAAAGAAAUUCGACGAUAAUAACAAAUUGGUGUACUUAUUGGGAGAUCAAUUGGAUCAGCUUUUCGAUCCAUUGUUAGAAUACAGUCCAGAAACUUUAGAGUCAACAUAUAACAUUCCAAGUGGCUCAUAUGAUAUUCCCAAGACUAAUGACAAAAUACAACUCAUUGUGGAGGAAUUGAUAGGAAUUCAAACCAAUUUCACAAUGAAUCUCGUUAGUUUACUUCAAAACUUCAUCAUCCCCCUUAGAAUUUUUAUCUUAUCAUCAUCAGACGCUAACGGAAUCACCAAAAUUAAUCAUGUAUUCCCUCCAACCAUUGAUGAAAUCACAAGAAUAAAUUGUGUUCUUCAUGAUUGUUUAACUCGUGCCAAAAGUUUUGGUUAUGUCGAAAUUUUCAAAGUGUUUGGUAUGAUCUUACCUUAUUUCUACAAACCAUUCAUACGGCAUGAGGCCAAUCUAAAGAAUUUCAAGGUCAGAUUCAAUCAUUUCCACAAAAAAUACGAAGCUAGAAUUUUCAAGAGUAAAGAUAUCAAUCCCACAGACUUUUCAAUUAAUGCCAUUGAUUCUAUUAUCACUGGUUCAUUAUUAGAGUUACCUAAGUUGAAGUUGGUACUUGUCAGACUUUAUGAAAGUGUCACCAAAACCACCACCAAAGAGGAACUUUCUACAAUCGACUAUUAUUAUAAUAUGGCCAUUAAUAUUAUCGAUGCUUUUGGCGGAGAAGAUAAUGAAGUCAGUCAAUAUCAUGCUGAUAAUGGAUAUAGCCAUGAAAGAUUCAAUUCCAAAACAAGAAUUUUCACUCCAACAGGUAAAAUUUUAACAGAACUCGCUACAAAUUGGCCUACAGAUCUUCAAUAUGGAUGGCUCUCACGUAAAGUCAUAGGAAUUUUUGAGCUUAAAAACAUCAAACCUUCCAAUGAGUUGUUUUACGAUAUUGAAAUCCUUAUAAUAUUCUCCGACCACCUUUUAUUCCUCAGAAUUGUUGAUGAUACUUACUAUGUUCAAGAUAACGAUAUGAAGAACUUGAUUUCUAUCCCUGAUAUUUUGAUGCAUUCGUUGGUCAACGAGAAACCACUUCCUACAUUAUCAACUUUCCCAAAAAUGGAAGUCAGCUAUUGGUGUUCUAUCAAUGACGUUACAGUUACUACCUACAAAAGUUUCUCAUCUACCACUACCCUGGAAGAAGACUUCCUUAGAUUCUUUAUUGCAAAUAGCGAGAAUGCCACUGAUGAUUCCAACUUCUGUAGGAACUAUGAGCUCCUUAAGUCUAAAAAAGGAUUCGAAGUGAUUGAACUUGUUAACAAAGCCAAAAUCCUCAACAAGAAACAACCAUUCCACCUUUUUAGAUCCAAUACUUCCAACUUGAGUUUAUACUCCACAGCUCACACCGCUAUUAAUUAUGAUAACGAGAUCGUUAAAUCACCCAUCGUGUUGUUGCUUAACUUAUCCACUGAUUCUGUGAAUCAUUAUUUCGAAAAGAAUCCUCAAAUCUUCCUCAUUUUCACAGUCAAUUACACUUUUGAUGGUGAUGUGCAAUUGAUCGGGUUCAACAGAAACGGAAAUGUGGAAGUCAAUGAAGUAGUCGCUGAUCUGGAAUUUCAAAAAACCUUGGGAUUAUGGAUGGGUAGCUAUAUUAAUAGUUAUUUCAACAGUUUUACAACGGUGACAGAAUUGAUGAUUAGAAGUAACCACAUGGAUUUGGAAUACUUCUUGUUGCAAUUCCAAAGAUACAACAGUCAUGAGGUUAGGGAGAAGGUGAGAGAAAGAGUUAGAGAAAAGGUAAGAGGUAAGAAAAACAAGAGUGUUGUCAGCACAAUUGAGAAGGAAUUACCCAAGAAUGUCGAUCCAGUCACCGAUGAGGUCUCCAAAGCUGUAUUAUCUGAAUCGCAGAUUCCAGAAGUCGAUGCUGUUAAAGUGAAAAAGAAAAGAGGAUCUUUCUUCAGACGUCUCUUCGGAUCUAAAAAAUCCGCUGAUGUGGAGUUCAAGGAAUUGUAUAAACCACAACCAACCUUGCAAGUGAAUAGGAAAAAUUCUGUUUCAAAUUCAGUCAUCGCUCCCGUAGUUGUGAAUGAAACCAGUAAGCCCGAAUCAUCCACUGUCCCAAUGUCAAAGGAAGAAAGUUACGACGAUAUGGAACCAAACUUCGAUAACACAAACUCCCAGCACCUUCGUAAUGUCUCCAAUGCCGAGACAGUCCAAUACAUUCAAAGCCCACACAAGCCUCAAUUACAAUUCGUGAGUGAAGGUAUGUCCACACCAGUAGACAGUUCUAGAAUUUCUCCUCCAUUGGAAGAACAACCUCCUUUAAGUCCAAUGGAUAUGGAAGUCAAGUCCGUACAACUGCAAAAGAUACAACCUGUUGAGCCUGUACAUCAGUCAUCACAAACAGCCCCACUCCUUACCAUCAAACCCAAAUCCAGAACCAAGACUCAAGCAAAGGAAAAGAAUCCACCCAAAAUUCAAAACUCAGGUCCUUUCAUCAAACCUAUUACCACCAAGCCGAUUGUUUCCCAACCACAAGCCAAACCUCAACCCAAAAAACCUUUCAAAGAACUUUUUGAUUCUUCAGAAAGUCUUGAUAAGAGACCUUUGAGCGAAGCUUUUGAAUCCGACUUUGAACCUGAUGAAUUUAGUAGAAUUGCCCAGGAACAUUUCAAACUACCAUACCCUGAACCUCAACCUAUUGGGUAUGAAACACCUAUUCAGAUAACUCAGAAAACAAUGACAUCCCCUGGCACCCCAAGAAAUCCAUCAUUGGAUGUAAAGUCCAACUUUGAAUUCCCUCGUAAUGACGGUAAAACUUUUAGUGACAAUGUUAUUAAUGAUGCAAUUAUCUCAACUCAAUCAGCUAUGACUAAAGACACUGAGCUUGCCUCACCAGCUUUCACAAAUGAUUUGGAUUGUGAUGAUGAUGAAGCCAAUUGGAUAAUAUUUUCCAGAGAAUCAUCCACUAAUUCCUUGGUUGGACCAAUUUCCAAAUUUCAAUACGCUGUACCUAACUUCAGUCGAACUAGUUCCCAAAGAGAUGGUAGUUUUGCAAAUGCCAUUAGGGAUGUCAGUGCAGCAGAUUCUUUCAGAGCACAGAUAGAAUACUUCAACUCACAAAUUUCUGCAAAAGAACCUGAAGGAUCGGUUUCUUCCUUCACCCCCUCAGAAGUAGCUUUGAAUUUCAGUAGAGAAAUUGAACAGAACUUCUCCAGCUCAGGUCCCAAAGGAUAUAAAUACGAAACAGCUCCAAAGGCUAAACCGGAAGUAUUCAAAUCUGAUUUCAGAUCUUCUAGAAGAGCAUCUGAUGCUAAUGAAAUAGCCAAAAGAUUUAGUGGUAUGACUCAAUCUAGUAUUGAUGACGAUGAAUAUUUUUCUCCUGAAGAAUUCACACCGAAGAUAAAGAACAAGGAAUUUGAACACAAAGGUUUCGAACAUGGCUCAUUUUCAAGCGAAAAUACCAUCAUCAAUGAGUUAUUAGAUCAGAAAGUUCCAGUUGUCACAGGAGCUUCUGGUGUUGAAGAUGAUGGCAAGAAUGAUUUUUUCUUGAAUCAAUUUGGAUCCAUGGCAUACUUGAGUGAUAUCUUGAAUGGGAAUGUAGAGAUUUAG